UGGGAAAGUUGCCACGAAAGGAGGUUGCUUAGAAUGGUGGUGUUCUCGGUUGUCUGCGCUUUGGCGUCGAUCGUUACUUGUACGAAUGGGUUCCCGCUCUACUUGUCACAAUUUGGCUACCUCAGUGCGAAGUACCGGAAUCCAACCAGCGGGAGUCUGCUGGAGAAGGAUACCUGGGAGAAGGCAAUCAUGGAGUUCCAGAGCUUUGCCGGCCUCAACAUAACCGGCGAGCUGGACGGCGAAACGAUGGAGCUCAUGUCACUGCCACGGUGCGGAGUUCGGGAUAAGGUCGGAUUCGGAUCGGAUUCCCGAUCGAAACGGUACGCCCUCCAGGGCAGUCGGUGGAAGGUGAAAGCGCUCACCUAUAGGAUAUCGAAGUAUCCGUCGCGGCUGGAUCGCGCCGAAGUAGAUAAGGAAAUAGCUAAGGCUUUCUCGGUGUGGAGUGAGUACACCGACCUGUCGUUCACGCCAAAGAAGAGCGCCCCAGUGCACAUAGAUAUUAGGUUCGAGGUUAACGAGCACGGCGAUGGUGAUCCGUUUGAUGGCCCGGGCGGUACCCUGGCGCACGCUUACUUCCCGGUUUACGGAGGGGAUGCUCAUUUUGACGAUGCGGAGUUUUGGACGAUUGGAAAGAGUCGGGGGACGAAUCUGUUCCAAGUUGCUGCUCACGAGUUUGGUCACUCGCUGGGGUUGAGUCACUCGGAUGUGCGGUCGGCCCUGAUGGCACCGUUCUACCGGGGGUACGAUCCGGUGUUUCGGUUAGAUUCCGAUGACAUUCAGGGAAUCCAAAGUCUCUAUGGCCGCAAAACCGGAGGAAGUUCCGGUGGCAGUGGGUUCAACCCACCCCGAACGACCUCACGUCCAGUGCAACGAGAUCCAGACUCCGAGCUGUGCUCCUCACCCAAGAUCGACGCCAUGUUCAACACCGCGGAUGGCAGUACGUACGCCUUCAAGGGGGACAACUACUACAAACUGACGGAGAAUGCCGUAGCGGAGGGUUAUCCAAAGAAAAUUGCCGAAGGAUGGCCUGGACUACCAGGAAACAUCGAUGCCGCCUUCACGUACAAAAAUGGGAAGACGUACUUCUUCCAGGGGACCAAGUACUGGCGGUACUCUGGCCGACAAGUGGACGGAGACUACCCGAAGGAGAUCAGCGAAGGAUUCACCGGUAUUCCGGACCAUCUGGACGCUGCUCUUGUUUGGGGCGGUAACGGCAAAAUCUACUUCUACAAGGGUAGCAAGUUCUGGCGGUUCGACCCGCUGAAGCGGCCGCCGGUCAAGUCUACGUACCCGAAACCCAUCUCCAACUGGGAAGGGCUGCCCAACAACAUUGAUGCUGCGCUGCAGUACACCAAUGGAUACACUUACUUCUUUAAGGACGACAAGUACUAUCGGUUUAACGAUAGGACGUUCUCAAUUGACCAAACAGACCCACCAUUCCCACGGCCGGUGGCGCACUGGUGGUAUGGCUGCAAAAACACCCCCACGACUUUCGACACGUUAGGUAAUGUUAAAGCAAUUAAGAAUGAUGAAGACCAGCACGACAAUGUCGCCGAUGAUUUGAUUUUGGAUGCGGCAGCCGGUUCCGAUGAGCGACCUGCUGCCGAUGACUACAACCGAGGAAGUGGGGCGAGCUCCACCUGGACCAAUGUCAGUAUUAUCCUGUUCAGUGCUUUGGUAGGACUCGCACUGAAGUUCUAAUCAGCGUUUGAGUCGGAACGCGUGAGGUUUUGCUCAUCAACUCGUUACCGUAGUUUGCUUCAAAGAGUAAAUUCAGCGAUCGAAUGUUUGAGAAUUUGUGAGAGUUCGAGGAGGAAGAGUCAGCUAGCCACAAUUCAACCGACCAGUCCAUGUGAGAACGAGAAGAAACAGCAUCAACAGCAACACGAAGAGCGGAGCUUUGCGUCAGAAAAUUGAUCUCACAAUUUAUUCCGAGCGCAGCGCAAACAACUAGCCACUAUUUCGAGCCAGUGACCAGGCCAGUCCAUUCUCUACGUAAGCCAGACGGGAAUCCUUUUUUAUCAAGAAACCCUUCAAUUUUAACGGUUGAGCACAACGUGAUAUGCAGAACUUAUUAUUUUUAUUUUUCUGAACAAGCAGCGUGUUCACGCAGACGCACAAACAACUGAAACGAUUUAUUUCAGUUUCAGUAAAAAAAAGUCUAUGUUAUAUUUAAUACUUUUUCUGUUCAUAUUCAGUCACGGUAGGAUUUCUAAUUGGUUUUAAAACCGUAAAACAAACGCAAAUAACUUCAGUCAAAGUCAUUACGAUAAGAGCCUUAAGAUUUUUAAUUAAGGAUAUACACAAACACAUCUUCGAACGAUACAAGUGAGAAAAACAGUAAACGGUGCCUUUUAUCGAAUUGUAAAUAAUCAUUUUAACUAAAGUAAUUCUAAACGGAAGGAAAACUUAUUAGCCGCAAUCUAAAAGAUUGAAGUGCAAUGAAAUCGGGGAUGUAACACUCUGUUGAUUGUUGAUUGUUAUUCAUAUUUUCCCUACGAUUUUGAGCCUAUCUUUUUUGUUUUAAUCCAGUGAUGAAUCAAUAAAAAUCUACCAUAUCUUCUUGCAUUUUUCCUAAAAAUCAAAGUCAACCUAACCUUUAUAUGUACAUCCAUGCAGAAUUAGGAGAAUUUAUUAUCAUGAUAUGAACAUUUUGUAAAUAUUUAUUGCGAAUAGAGAUAGGAUUAAAACGGAAGUAUAAAAAAAUUGAAAACAUA